AUGGUUUUUCAGUUUCGAAUAGAGACAGGCCCUUUGAAGCUGGCGAUUUUUUAUAAGACUCAUACAAUACCCCCACACAAUAUAAAAAAUCACCAAAGCAUUAGCUGCCCCGGAACUACCCCACCAGCCACCCCAAACACUUAUGACAUUAAAAAAAAAAUUCUGAAAAAAUCCUUCCGAGAGCCCUUUGAAGCUGGCGAUUUUUUAUAA